CUUCAGAGAACUUCACCGUCUUUUUCCAUCGUCUUCGUCAUCUCCUACGGACCGAGUAUCUAGGUUUUCUACUGCGCCCAUUACACAUCCCGGAUAUUCUCAAAUGCCAUCCACAUCCUCCUUAUCUACUUUCGCAGGACUUUCCGACGAUCUAGAGGUACCAAUGGAGGAUAGGGUCUAUGAUGCCGUCUUCUUCUUAGAUUCUGAUCUCAACCCGGUCACUCGUGUUCCUGAUCGAAAAUCAGACCAGUUUUCUCCGGACAUGCUCCCAACCUCUCAUGACUUCAGCUUUGAAAUGAGGUGAUCUGGCGUAUUCAAAGGCUUCAUCUCAAUCGUAUAAUUAUGGUCAUCUUUGCAGCCCCUCCAAACACUUUACUUGUUACGAGUAGCUGUUUCGAAGGUUUUGAUAUUUCUUCAUCGAACAUUAUUAUUGAGCUCAUGACCAUUCAUGUAUUAACUUUGCCGUCCACAUCUUACGCAUGAUAUAUGAAUUAUGAUGUCUAUUCGUUACUCUUACCUCUCGUUUGCAAUACCUUUGACUUCAGCUUUCAUUGGUGUAUCAUUGGUGUAGCAUUCGUGCAUUACAUUCAAACAAUAACUACCCACUAAAUAACG